AUGGGCUUGGGUCUUCCAAGGUUCAGAUUUUCACGUUCCCUUGAUGGUCUGUGGCUUGUGAUUCUCCCCUGCGCCAGUGGUCCCUUCCCUCCACUUGCCUGCGUGGAGGGGAGGGGCGCGUGGGUCAACACCGACACUCUCCCACGCCCCUCCCCUGUGGCCGUGCAGGUACCCACGGGGAUGGGAGGGCGGCAGCACUGCAGCAGCUUGCAGUUGGUGCCACGAGGGAGAGUAUCGGGGUGGGCUGGCCUCUCAAGGCUGAAAGUGGGAGCACUGGAGCAAGGACGGGAUAGUGGAGUCCAACCUCUAACUCACCUCCUCCUCUUUCCCUUCUCCCUUCCCUCCCAGCAGCACACUCCUGGACCACAGAGGAGUCUAUCCCUCCCCUAA